AAGUAAGGAGUUUAACAGAAAGAAUAAUGAUGGCCUCUGGUGUUCUGUCCUCCGAGCUUGUAAUCUAAAUCAUUGAAUAUUCUCGGCCUUCCAAAACACGCGCUCUUGUCGAGUGUGCUCGACGUCCUCAGAAAUUUAGGAUGGCUAGCCCAAGGACACGGCGAGUGCUAAUGGAUGUCAAGAAAACAAAUGCGAACCAUUUAUGUUUCGAAUGUGGGUCGCCAAAUCCUCAAUGGGCUAGCGUUACAUAUGGUAUUUGGAUAUGUUUAGAGUGUUCAGGAAAACAUCGUGGAUUGGGGGUUCAUUUGAGCUUUGUUCGCUCAAUUAACAUGGAUAAAUGGAAGGAGUUGGAAUUGGAAAAAAUGAAAGUUGGAGGCAACAGACAUGCUAAGGAGUUUUUCGUUUCACAACCUGAUUACAGACCUCAAUGGAGUUUUCAAGAAAAGUAUAAUAGUAAAGCUGCUGCUUUGUUGAGAGAUAAGAUUGCAACUGAAGCGUCUGGUGAGGAUUGGGAUGAAGAAGCCGCUAAUGUACGUAAUAAUAAAUCUACUAGUAUAAGUCAUGUAAAAACAACCGGUGAUCUGCCAUCUUUAUCCUCAGAUAAACGAAACUUUCAUAAUCAUAAUGAUUACCAAACCCCUGACUAUUAUCCUGGAUCAAAAAACAUGACCAGUUGCCAUUCAGAUUUGGAAUCCUGGUUAAGGGAUGCAAAUUUAUCCGAGGAGCAUGAUUCAUCUACAACACCAGCAACGAAGACAACAACUACUUCUGCCAAUGCACGUUAUGAUAAAGUUCCAGAUUGGGCUGACUCUAAAUUUAUGGAUGACAAUGGUAAAUAUACGAAUUCUUCGUCUAGGCAUUAUUCAUUAGUACCUGAAAGAAAUGAUAAAUACUCGUGGCAGUCAGGUUGGGCAAUGGUUAGUCAAGUGGCUUCAGUAGCUGCUAAAUGUACCAGUCAAUUAGCAUCUCAAGCAACACAAAAAACCAAAGAAUUAACUCAAUCCGUUCAGGAAAAAGUUAAAGAUAGCAAUAUUUUGGAUUCAUUAUCAAAAGGUGUUGAUACUGUCACCUCAAAGUUGCAAACAGUGAAAGCGCAAGGAAUUCGAAGUUUUGAAUCAUAUUGGACCAGCAGUCCUGAAUCAGAUCUAUCUACCGGAAAUUCUGACAAAUCAUAUGGGUCUACUCUCUUUAAUAAUCGUGAACAAGAUCGUUCCAGUUCAAUGUUUCUUGAUCGACACCUACAACAUGGAACCGAUUCGUUUAAUAGAAGUGAAGGAAAAGGUAAUGGUUUUUCGUUUACAUUCAAAAUGAAGAAUGUUUCGUGUGCAACUGUGUGUUAUGGACGACGUUUUUGACGAUUAAUGAAACGGGGUUUCAGUUGAUAAAUUCACUGUGUAGAGUGGUUAUUUAUAGAUGAACACAAUGAUAUGAUGUGUGGCCAAGUGAUGGUUAGUUACGAGACUGUAUUAUUAACAGAAGUCGCCGAAUAAUUAGGGAUGACUGACAAGACUACUAGUUGUAUGAAUAUAUUUUCUAUGUGAUAUAUUAAUAUAGUUGUAUUUGGAAUGUGAACAGAAAAUAAAAAUGAUAGAAUGUGAUGGGGAAUCGGAGUAAAGUAGCCUGUAGUUCACUGGCCCGGGGACGUGAUUGUAGAUUUCAAGGGUCAACUUCUCAUGGCCGAUAACACGACCUUUUUAUGACAAGUUUGUAAUGUAUGUUAGUUACGUACUUCAAACUGUCUUAUUAUCAGAGAAGAAUCUGUAUGGUAAGGUGAAGUUCAACAUUUCUGCCUCCUUCCUAUUGUGAGAAAGCUCCAUCGUCGCAGGUUCCUGUUGUCUAUCGAAAGCACCUUGGUUCUGUCACACCCCUGUACAGUCAGCAGUAUGACCUCACUCUCGAACCUUAAGUUUGUCUUACCGAUCUCCAACCGACCUCCCUGGGAUGGUAGGAUCCUAAAAGAACAAGUGUUCCAGUUAGUCUAUCUCGAUUGGUUGAUUACAAUAGGCACACUCGACUAUCACUUCAAGGUAGCAGCUACUGUCGGCUACAACCAUAGUGUUUUAUCCGUAUUCCUCCCAACACACGCAAUUAAAGAAAAAGAGGAAAUGGGUGUUUUCACACAAAAGCUUUUGGUAUCUCCUAACGAGGCGAAAACACGAUUCGACUAUUUCAUACCCGACUAUUUCUGUCUGUCAUCGCACAACUAUAACCGCAUAAUUCCAACUUCUUGCUAUUGCCAAGCUCAUAUAUAUAUAUUUUACAGAGACUUCAUCAUUACAUACACUUAGGGACCUAGUCUGCAUGGAGUUGCCUUAGCAGCUUUUAUCAACUUAUGUCAUACUUGCAAGAGAUUGGAUUACUUGAAUUUCCAGUGUUAGUUAUUGAUAAUAUUAAUACUUGAUAAUUAUUUCAAAUAUUGAUAAUGGUAGUUUAUUGUUUGAUGUAAAAGAUAAUUGUAUAGGAUCAACUGGAAGAUAUUGUACUGUGUACUUCGAUUAUUACUUAACAUUUCUAUCAAUAUAUGGGUUGUGUUAAUUUAUAAAUAAAUGAAGUAAUAUGUUCAUUGGUUUUGACUAAUAAUAAUUAAAGUAUCAUUCGUAAACAUAUCUGUAAUAAUUGUAAUGAAACCGAAAACAUAUUAAUUGAUGAAUUUAUAAUCUCAAUAAUUGAAAUGAUGAGUCAAUUGAAGUUAGACCACCAUAGAAAACCUGGAAACACUGGACGGCCGUUUCGUCCUAUUAUGGGACUCCUCAGCAGUGCGCAUUCACGAUCCCGCACUCCGCGAGAUUCGAACCCAAGACCUAUAUUCAUAAUCGACAAAAUUUCAUGAAAAAAAAUGCAAAAGGGUUUAUUUGAUUUCCAAUAGCUCACUCCAUCUAUGAUCCAAGCAAGAUAUUAGACUAUAUGUUAAAGGGUAUGCACUGCCCACUAGUGCAUUAUAUUACUUAGCGAGUGGAAAAAAUCCGUAUGUCUUUUAUUAUUAUUUCUUUAAAGAUCAUCUUGUAAUGUACGCAUGGAUGUGCGUGAUUGAUUAAUCAGCAUUCUAAUGAGUACUUUUUGCCUUAUAUGUAGUUUCUUAAGAAAUGCAGCGUAAGAUUAUAACUACUGUAUUUAAUGAUUUUCGGACUAGGUUGACGUUAUCUCAUACAAAAUACACCUUAUUUGUGAGAAACACACUUGAACCAUCUUCGUUUCCAUUGUUUUAAACAUCUCCCCUACUAUAAAUCCUCAAAAGUCAGACUCAUCAUUUUGCAUCUUCUUGUCUUCUAAAUCGUUACUUAGUUUUCUAGUAAAAUGUCUUCUUGCGGCAGCCAUUCAUCAUAUACCACUCGAAAAGCUACUCAUACGCUUGAAAACCUCAACAUAGAAGGUAGUAUUCGUUGUUAGGACUAGAUUCAUGGUGAACUCUAUCGUAAAUGUCAAAAACGAUAAGUAGCAUUACCUUACUUGCUUAUAGGCUUUUUGGUGUUUAAGUCUCAUACAUUGUUUUCCAUUCUUUGUUCUAUGAUUUAAAUUCAAUGUUUAAUUAGAUCCAUAGUUAGUAUUUCAUAUAGAUCAGUCCAUGUAUUUAUUAGAUAAACUAUGUAAGUUAUUUGAAAUAGGUUGACUUAAAAAGAAUAAUCAUUUAAACAAACAAAUAUCCUUCAUAUUAUUGUUUAGGGGCUUCAUUGUCGAAUACUAAUUGGAAUAACAACGAAACCUGUGGUUGGGAUUUAAGCAAUGAUCAUGGAUGGGGAACGAUUGAUGAUGAUGGUUGGUCUACCACAACUGGUGGUGGUAGUUCUAGGACAACACUAACUAAUGAAUCAGUUGUACAACGUGAUUCCAAACUUGAAAACAAUGGUUACAAUCGAAGAAGCCGUAAAAAUUCUUAGAUUCAAUCACUUGAUAAUUUAAAUUCUCCCAAUCUUUUGUUGUUGUUGUUGUUUUGUUUGGAAGUGUGAUCAAGGUCAUUUAUCUUAUCUUGUUUGUAUACUGUAACUAUUCAUUUCUUGGCUCUUUUGUUUGUUUGUUUUUUUGCUUGAAUAAAAAUUGUUUUUUCCCCUAUUCUUUCUUUAAUUCGAAAUAAUGUGUAAUUUAUUUUCAAUCUGAAGAAAUCUCUUUCAUUUACUAUAUAUCUAUCUAUCUUAAUUUCGCUAUGUAAUCUUUAUAUAGUAAGAAUUAAAGAUGCACACAUCUAUAAAUUAUAAUCACUUGUAAUGGUAACUAAGCCAAUGAUGUUUCUCUCUUUGAUUUCUUAUCUUUUUUGCUUUAAACCCAUUUGGCGUUUUAUACGAUAUCAGUAGUAGUACUCUGUUUGGUAUGAGCAAUAUAUAAUGUGAAACAUUUGCACGGUUUAAGUAAAAAUCAUCUUUUAUGUGGUUACGUUUUUUUUUUUUACAGACAGAUGUGACUUCUUCAAUAUAUUCGCUUGUUCAAUUUUUGUUUGUGUUAUUCUGAUUCAAUUAUUCAGUAAUUAGGCUUAUAAUUUACGAAUGGUGAAUUUAAAAGAUUGUUCAUUGUGACUUCCUUCUAUGAAGAUGGACUGUAGUAACUGGGGUGGUCUUUGUUUAGCCAUUUCAACACAUGGAUCGGUGAUUUAUUACCGGUGUAUUUAACUUUUAAUGAUUAGAUUUUAGGUUCAGAUCUACCUUAUUUCUGUGGAUAAUGUCAAUCGGUCUUACAUAGAAUAGUGCAGUUUAAACUUGAAUAGAUGGAUUUGUGAACUAUUGAUGAAUUUGUAAGUCUUGAGUCUUGUGCGAAAUUGUUUUUAGAAUGUUUUGUUUACUAAUAAGUAGUUUAUCAGUUUUAUUUAAAAUUAUCAUAUCCACUAGAUACAGUCGUAAUUUCAUGUGUAGAAUGUUUCUCUGUGUUGGAUGUUUACAUUCAUACAAAGCAAUGCUACUGGAAUUUUCUUCAUAGCGAAUUUCUAUAUUUUCUCAACUGUACGUUUUUCCACUGUUUUGUGGAUGCGUUGAAAUAAGCAACAGUAUAUCAUGUUUUUCCGCCUUCAAUCUGCAUCUGCGUGUACGUAGGUAAAGG